AAGGAGUUUUGAAUAAUACUCCACUCAAUUCUCAGAAAGUGUUGCUGCGUUUGUGGGUUUAGAGUUUCCGUCUUGUAUUCACAGUGCUACGAAAAAUGAGUGACGCAAAUCUAAAAGCUUGACACAGAAUGGGGUACAGAAGUGUCGGUCGAUAACUGUCGUCUGUGGUGUAAACAAGUGGCGAUCAUUGUACUACAGACGUCCUGACGUGGACAGGCGGGGCGUAGGUGGACCGCCGCCGCCGGAAUAGGACCUGUACCUCGGUGUACGAGCACACACCUUCACCCAUUGACAUUGUACAAACCGGUGGUCAUUCGUCGUAGGCAACCGAUUGUGGGCGUCGACGGAACGGCUUCGCUGCUGCCCUCAUCCCUUGCGGACUAUCUUCUGAGACUCCAGCAAGACAAGACUCAAGAUGAAGACACCGUACAUACUUGCCUUACUGUGGAUUCUAACUGGAAACACUGGAACAGCGAAUUCGCAAAGCCAGAUUGGCUUGGCUCUACCGGACGAUGUCAACACCGUCGUCGGGGACCCCUCCGUCCUUCCCGCCGACUACUCCACGGAACUGCCGGUGAUUUCCAUCACGUGGAGCAAGCUGGCCAGUGAUAACGAAAAGAGAAGAAGCACCAUAAUGUCGUAUGACCCUAACACUGGCACAGUGAACGCGUUUGGUGAGUACCAGGGACGAGUCAGCCUGACGGACAAGGCCUCCCUUCGCAUUGACUCCACCGAACUUUCUGAUGCUGGAACGUACGUUUUGUCUCUUCUCAUAGAGAACAUAGGCACAGAGGAAGGAUUCAUCACACUCAACGUCAUGGUCCCUCCGACAAUAGAAGUGGGCCCGUCUGACCCGUACGUGGCUGAGUGGGGAGAGACAGUGACGCUGACGUGCCUGGUCACCAACGCCAUCCCCGCCAUCACGUUCCUCCGCUGGGAGAAGGACGGGAUUCCCGUGGACGGCAUCGCCGAGCAGAGCAAGUACUCCGGCGGGAACCUGGACUCCCCUUCCCUGCUGAUACGGCACGUGAUGCGCGCUGACGCGGGACGGUACACGUGCAUCGCUAACCACCCCGUCAGACCUGCUGCAGCUAAUAUCAGACUGGAUGUGCUGUUCCCUGCGUCGAUCAUCAGUUUUACCGACUCCACCUCUGCGACCGAGGCGGACCCCAUCACCCUGCAGUGUGUGGCUGACGGGAACCCCCCUCCCAACAUCACAUGGGUCAAAGAUGGCGGCCGGCUCAAGACACCAGCCCGGUCCCAGCCCGUGUCUAAAGACGUGCGCGCCAGUUCCCUGGUGCUGUCCAGGGUCAGGCUCAACGACACCGGGGAGUACAAGUGCACGGCUACUAACGGGAUCGGCAAGAGUGACGCCAGGACAAUGCGACUGUCCAUCCGAGCCGCCCGAAAGAAGCUGAGUUCAGCCACAGUAGCGGUGAUAGUGGGCGCCACAGCGGGGGGUCUGUGGCUGGUCAUCUGCGUGCUCCUGGUGGUGUGGUUCAUCCGGAGAAGGAGAAGUCAGAAGGAGAAGAAGAAGUUCGCGUUCUACUACAACAUCGGGCGGAGAGACCAGGGGAGGAUGGAGGGCAAGAUGGAGAUGGAAGAAGACAGGGAACCCCCGCCUUACGCGUCUCUACCAGAAAAACCUACAAAUCAGAAGUCUGGGUAUGCAGGCAUUGAAACAAUGAGGAAAUCAGCAAGUCAAAAAUUCAAAGAGAGAAGAUAUGCCAAAGCUCUGUAUGCCUACGGGCCGCGGGAGGAGAAUGAACUCAGCCUCGAGCCUGAUGACGUCAUCGAGGUGCUGGAGGGGGAAGAUGGCGGCUGGUGCCUGGGUUACCUGAGGGGCAGGAUAGGCCUGUUCCCCUCCAACUACGUACAGUUCAUCCCCGCAAGACAAGUCAUGGCAGCGAAGGCAGGUGUGCUGUGUAAGGAUAUUGAAGAUGAUACGCCAUCCAAACGAAGCAUCUAAAGAAACAACAAGAACAGUAGCUCUAGCGUACGUAACAUCCAUUCUACAAUGGACAGGUCUUUGGAACGAAUGGUCGCAGAUAUAAUGUUGACUGAAAACUAGGACAGUUGUUAAAGUUAACUUUAGGUUAAAGAACUUGUGACAACAGUGUUAUACUGGAGAAUGGAAGUUUGCACGACAGGGGAGUAGCACUGCCUCUGCAACAACUUGUACAGACAUGGCAUAACCAAUUAAUGUAAAGCAAUGGUUCUUUAACUGAAAAUUUAUGACUCUACAGUCUACACAGUUCAUAUGGCAUUUCCCUUGUGUUUUGUGAGAUAACACUUACCUACCCAAUGCGCAUUGCCCAUGCGUCCUUAUGCUGUCUUGUGGAUGGUGUGUUUGACCUUGACGUGCCCUUGAGAGUCGUGAAGCCUUAGCGAUAUUUAUAGUUUGUGAAUUGUGUGUUCCCCGAAGCUGCACAAACGCAGCUAACCCCCUUUAUGGCUUAGUGUCCUUAUCCCUGAAAGACCCAGAGCUUUAAUUUGGCAGUCAUUCUCAACAUACGGCGAAUUUUUAGUAUCCUAGCCCGCCAUGUUUCUUUCCAUCAGAUAUAAAUAGCGAGUAAUUGGUCGUGUGAGAUUCAAAGGAUCUAUUUUUCCUGCCGUUGGAUACAAACCCACAAAAGAUACCCGUCCUACUGAGAUCAUCGAAU